AUGCUUCGAACAUGUCUGGAAAUCGAAACCUUAUUCAACAACCUGAAUCGUGAGAAUCUCUUUGAAAGUUUUCAAUCAUUCCGAUCACUCAAAUUCUCCUCAAUGAAUACUGAACUUCUCGAUAAAAUAAUUGAUAUAAUCUGGAAAAAAGCAUGCGAAAAACCGGAAAUUGUUGCAUUGUUCGGGUUUUAUUAUAUCUAUUUAACAGAUUCUGGAGGGGGCUCGAUGGAAAAUCGACAAUUUAUAAUUUCUUCUGUGAGAUUCAGAUUCAAUGGAUGGAUAACAAUGACGAAUGAGUUACAAGAGAAUAUUGAUUCGAUUUUUGAGUGAGUGGCCGAGUCGGAUCCUAGGCCAAAGGCUUGUUUUUUUUUAGGUUUAUCACGCAUCUUUACUCGAAAAACAGAUAUUUUGGAGGAUCAGUAGUUACGCAAACUGUAUCACUGCCAACUAGUACAAGAAAAGUGAGUAGAAUUUCUAUUUUAUAGUGAAAUCGUGUUUUUUUAGCCGACACAUGUGGGAAAACCAAAAAAACGAGCACAAACUGAAACCAGUCCUCCUGUAGAUUUCAGAAAACCGGAUUCAAAUUCGAAUCCCUCGAAUCAAGUUCGAGUACCACUGGAAGUUUUAAGAAACAAUUCGAAAAUCGAAAAUCUGCGGAAAACUAUUGAAAUCCUGGCGGUGGAAAAUGUCAAGAAAUUGAAAAUCAUCAAAAAGUUACGAAAAGUUAUUGCAGAGCAAAAUGCUGAAAUUCAGGAGCUGAAAAAGGAGAAAAUGUGCGAGGAAGUUGAGCGAAUUCAUCGAAAAUAUCAGAAAAUUCUGAGAAUUGAAGAUUUCGAUGGGUUUAUUGAGAAAAUCAAUGAGUAUUUGAGUGUGUAAGUUGUUUUUUCCAAAGAAAGCUCCAAGGAGUGCUUCAGGUUAGUUCAACUUCAUCCGAAUUCCAAAGAAAUUCUGAAAAUGAAGCUGGAAGUUCUGGAAUUCAAGGAAAUUCAAAAUGA